AUUCUGUCAGUUAACGUGGUGGUUUUCUGCAUGUGGCAAAACCUGUCCUGGAGGAGAUUUAUGGCCAAGAACUUUGCAAUAUCGACAGCAGCAGUCACACAGGAGGGGAGAUUUCAUACCAUCAUCACAUCUUUCUUUUCUCAUUACGAUUGGGUUCAUCUCGGCGCCAACAUGUGCUGCCUCUGGUUCUUCGGAGCCGAAACGCUCCGCAUCCUGGGAGGUCGCAAGUUCCUCGCGCUCUAUGUGGGAGGAGGGCUUGUAUCCAGCAUCUUCCAAGUGCUCUGGCCGCGCAUUGCCCCGGAGAAGGUCCGGUACUCGCCCUAUCAGUUGGGGUUGGGUGCGAGGCAAGAAAGUUGCAACGGCGCAGUCAAUGCUGUGGUUGCCUACAACAUCCUGACAUAUCCAAGUCGCAUCAUUUUGAUUUACGCGAUCUUCCCUGUCCCGGCCGCUGCCCUGGGGCUGAUGUUCUUG